AUGUCUGGCUUUGAAGUCGCCGGCGUCGUUUUGGGAACAAUUCCCCUGCUCAUCUCAGCACUUGAACACUACAAGGAGGGCAUCUCGACGAUUCGGGCCUGGCGUAACUAUGAUCGCGAGCUCCGGAGCCUGAUUCGAAAUCUCCAAACUGAACGGGUUAGGUUUCAAGAUGUUUGCGAAAAGCUUCUUGUCGGGCUAGUGUCGCAAUGUCAGAUCGAGUCCAUGGUUGAUGAUCCGUUUGGUCCAGCGUGGCAGGAAGAAAAAGUCCGAGCCAAGAUAGAGGCUAGACUAUGGAGGUCUUUCAGCAAUUUUGAGGACAUAAUCAAGGAUAUGGAAGAGGCGACAAAGGAAAUGAAGACGAAGCUCGACCUCCAGCCGGACGGCACGGCAAGAGCUCCCUCAUUCCCAGGCUACUAA